AUCUGCUCCGCCCACAGUCUGCUUUCUGCUGCACACCUAAAGUGGAAAAAAAGUUUUUUUUUUGAAAAUCCGGAAAUGUCGGACGAAGAACAUCACUUUGAAUCUAAGGCCGACGCCGGCGCCUCCAAAACCUAUCCUCAACAGGCCGGAACGAUUCGUAAGAACGGGUACAUCGUCAUCAAAGGCCGCCCCUGCAAGGUUGUCGAAGUUUCGACCUCUAAGACUGGGAAGCACGGUCAUGCGAAGUGUCAUUUUGUUGCAAUCGACAUCUUCACUUCCAAGAAGCUGGAAGAUAUCGUCCCGUCUUCUCACAACUGCGAUGUUCCACACGUCAAUCGUACUGACUAUCAGUUGAUCGACAUUUCUGAGGAUGGAUUUGUGAGUUUGCUGACUGACAGUGGAGACACUAAGGACGAUCUGAGGCUUCCAACUGAUGAAAACUUGUUGAAACAGAUCAAGGAUGGUUUUGCUGAGGGGAAAGACCUGGUUGUGUCUGUUAUGUCUGCAAUGGGGGAAGAGCAGAUCUGUGCUCUCAAAGACAUUGGUCCAAAGUAGUUUCGGAUUCAUUUAUCGCAAACCUUAGAUGGAACCAAAAAUUAAGACUUCGGUAGUACUAUAUGCUCUGCUUUGAUGUUUUUUUUG